AUGGAGCGCUGCCCCAGCCUGGGGGUCACCCUCUACGCCCUGGUGGUGGUCCUGGGACUGAGGGCAGCACCGGCCGGCGGCCAGCACUAUCUGCACAUCCGCCCGGCGCCCAGCGACAACCUGCCCCUGGUGGACCUCAUCGAACACCCAGACCCUAUCUUUGACCCUAAGGAGAAGGAUCUGAACGAGACGCUGCUGCGCUCGCUGCUCGGGGGCCACUACGACCCGGGCUUCAUGGCCACUUCGCCCCCCGAGGAUCGGCCCGGAGGGGGCGGGGGACCGGCUGGGGGUGCCGAGGACCUGGCGGAGCUGGACCAGCUGCUGCGGCAGAGGCCGUCGGGGGCCAUGCCGAGCGAGAUCAAAGGGCUGGAGUUCUCCGAGGGCUUGGCCCAAGGCAAGAAGCAGCGCCUGAGCAAGAAGCUGAGGAGGAAGUUACAGAUGUGGCUGUGGUCACAGACCUUCUGCCCGGUGCUGUACGCGUGGAACGACCUGGGCAGCCGCUUUUGGCCGCGCUACGUGAAGGUGGGCAGCUGCUUCAGCAAGCGCUCGUGCUCUGUGCCCGAGGGCAUGGUGUGUAAGCCGUCCAAGUCUGUGCACCUCACGGUGCUGCGGUGGCGCUGUCAGCGGCGCGGGGGUCAGCGCUGCGGCUGGAUUCCCAUCCAGUACCCCAUCAUUUCCGAGUGUAAGUGUUCCUGCUAGAACUCGGGGGCCCCCUGCCCGUGCCCAGACACUUGAUGGAUCCCUACCAACGCCCCCCCCACAGCCUCCAACCAGUUUCACCACCCUCUAGCGAGGGUUUUCAAUGAACUUUUUUUUUUCUUCUUGGCUACAGAGACCCGGCUUUCUGGUUCAUGUAAUGCACUGUUUAACUGUGUAGGAAUGUAUAUGUGUGUGUAUAUACGGUCCCAGUUUUAAUUUACUUAUUAAAAGGUCAGUAUUAUACGUCAAAAGUUACCGGCUUCUACUGUAUUUAAAAAAAAAAAGCAAGCAAAAGGAAAAAAAAAAAGAGCAGAGAAAAGAGAGACUUAUUCUGGUUGUUGGUAAUAAUGUUAACCUGCUAUUUAUAUCCCAGUGCCCUUCGCAUGGCGAAGCAGGGGGGGAAAGUUAUUUUUUCUUAAAAGUACAAAGAGAGGGGGAACUUUUGUAGAAGGACUUUUUAAAAAAGCUAUUUUCCAUUCUUCGGAAAGUGUUUUGAUUUUCCUUAGACCUCGAAGAAGCUAUAGAGUUCAAUGUUAUUUUACAGUUAUUGUAAAUAUAGAGAACAAAUGGAAUGACUAAUCAUUGUAAAUUAAGAGUAUCUGCUAUUUAUUCUUUAUAAUAUCCCGUGUAGUAAAUAAGAAAGAAGUGCAGAA